UCCAGUGGACUGUCAUGGCUGCGGCGAGGAAGUUUCGCAUGUGUGCGGUGUCUCCUUCAGGGAAACAGUCCGCGUCUGUCCUCUUCCUUCACGGCUCAGGUGACACUGGACGGGGUCUGAGAGCCUGGGUGAAAGAUGUCCUGGGCAGAGACCUGGCCUUCAGCCACAUCAGGGUUCUUUACCCCACAGCACCAUCUCGGCCGUACACUCCCAUGCGAGGGGCUCUGUCCAACGUCUGGUUCGAUCGCCACAAGGUCUAUCAGGACUGCCCGGAGCAUCUGGAGUCCAUCGACGACAUGUGCGCCUCUCUGGGGUCGGUCAUCCAGGACGAGCUGAACGCCGGGAUCCCCAAACACAGGAUCGUCAUCGGUGGCUUUUCGAUGGGCGGAGCCAUGUCGUUCCACCUGGCGUGCCGGCAGCAUCCCGACGUCGCGGGAGUCUUCGUCUUAUCGAGCUUCCUCAACAAAGACUCGGUGGUCUACCAGGCGGUGGAGGAGCGCCUCCAGGCGGGGCGGUCGCUCCCUGAGCUGCUGCAGUGCCACGGCACCAGUGACGACCUGGUGCCCCACCAGUGGGGGGAGCAGACGUCGGCCCUGCUGAGGAGGGCCGGGAUGAACGCCAGCUUCCACUCCUUCCCCGGCCUGCACCACGAACUCUGCCUGGCCGAGAUGGAGCUGCUGAAGAGCUGGAUACUCAGCAGACUCCCCGACACCGGCUCAUCCUGAUCAGAGCUGCUCGUUCCACUCAGUAUUUAUCAGUGAAUUAAUUUUGUGAAGGUGCUCUGCUGUAGUUUUUCUACCAGGCUCACCAGAGACGGGCUCCGAGGUGGGUGCAGGAACAAAUCUGCUGGUUUCCCAUGUAUAGAGGGAGGGUGUAGUGAUGCCCUGGUUCCUGGACAUGGAUUUGGGUUGUUAAUCUCAAUAAAGAGGGUUUUUUUUAUCAUUUCAGAUAUGUCCAGAUACACACAAAACACAUAUCUCCAAUGCAGGAAUGAAAAGAAAACAAACACCAUUUCAACUCUCUCACACAACCUUAGAGUCACUCUUCCCCUUAUGAUGACCAAACAUCAUGAGUUGUGUUUCAUCUAAGUGUAUAGAUAGUUUAAUGAAAUCAAACCACUCUUUUUAAUUUAUUCUCUCCUGAGGUAAUUUUCUCUGUGAGCUGCUCUAAACUCUCCCUGAACAGAAAGUAUUUCUGUUACCAGCAAACAAGUGUUUUUGGUGUGUUUUUGAGAUUUUACACUCGUCCUGAAUGUACAGAAUAAAAGGCGUUGGUCCCUUUGUGAUCAAUGGUGUGUCUG